AUGUGGGGCGUAGACGAAAAAGCUGGAACAAUAGCAAUGAAUCCUUGGAACAGCGUUCCACAAGCACCAGUUUGGACUGAUAUGGGUCGUGGUAAUAAUGGGCAGCCAACAUAUAGUGGUGCCCGAAUUCCUGAUUCUCGCGGCACGAGGACAUGGCUUGAUCAUCAAGCCAUGCAAGCAUCUGUUGGGCAAUGGAAUCCCCCUCCAUCUGUUCAGUCACAAUGGGGAUUACCUCCAAAUCAACCUGGAGCUGCGAAUUCUCCUAAUGGUACUUACGCAGAACAAGCGAAGAAAAAUAUGGUUCCCUUAAGGGGACAAACUAUCAAUGGUCGGUAUGAUCAGCAGCCUCAAGCAUGGGGUGGAUUAAAAGUUGACCAACAAACACCAUGGGAUACAGGAACUGGACCAUCUUUACAUGCUGAUCAAAAAGGAGACUGGGGUAACACGGCUGCUGCAGUUGCUGCAGGUUCAAGGUGGGGCGCUACAGCGCAGUGGCCUCCUGCACCGCAUGCAGCCGCUCCAGAAUGGGCACAACAUAGGCAUGAUCCUACGGGUACUGCUCAUUGGACAAAUGUAAUGCAGCCUCAUCCAACCACUAUUGUGCCUGCUGGUAUUCCGGGAGCUUCAUGGGGGCAACCGCAACCGCCCCUGUCAACACCGUCAGAUCAGUAUGAUCCAAAUCCUCAGACGCCAGGACCAUGGGUCGCUCCGCAGCCAACUGAAAUGAAUAACGAUAUGAUGUGGCACGAUCCAAAUCCAAAACAGAAAAAGGUGCAGCGCGAUACGGGUACUUCAGUGUGGGGAGAUCCUAAUGCCCAACAAGUCGAAAUUAGACGGUGGAAAGAUGCUGAACAGGAAGAUUACUCCCAUGUUCCUUGUGCGGCACCUACAGGUGGUGACUGGAGCAACAUACCAGUCUCUUCAGGCCCAGUUAGUACUAAUACUUCUCCCCCAGCCACGGCAGCUGGCUGGACCGACUCGCAAUCAGCGCAUGCGGUAAAUACGGCAAAUGAUGGCAGUGAUCGGUGGGGCGGUUCACAGCAGACAAGUGGAUGGGGGGAACCCGUAAAGCCAUUACCUGGAGGAAUAGCAUCCAGUGCUGUAGAAAAUUCUAUUAUUGACACAAUUCGACCUUCAGAAAGCAGUGAUGUUGGUCACUCAGCCCUUACCCAACAGAUUGCAGAUCAAUUGAAGAUUGCUGUAAACAAGGGGUUAAUUAACUUGGCCCUUAUAAGGCAGCAGCUGCCUCAGACUGCUUUAAUAAUUUUGAAUUCAAUCCUUCAGAAGGCCCCAAAACUUGAGCAGGCACAACAGGAGUAUUCGCAGUUGAUGCGAAAUAUGUCGAAUUCCCCCAGCUUGCAUACAAAUAUUAAAGAAGUAGAAUUGCAGAUGGAAGCGGAAAGGCUGGCCAUGGAAAUCCAAACUUUACACAAUGAUAUUAUUCAACUACGGAAUAAUUUAAAUGAGCCGAUGUUGAAAAGUAGAUCUCAGGCCACAGUAAAUGGCAUGGUUUCUAUGCCUUCUGAUGGACAAAGCAGACUUAAUCAAUGGAAGCAAGCUAACAAUGAUGGCAGCUCCUCGGAAAAAGUGAUUGCCAGUUCUGCAUCGGAUGGGAAUGUUUCUGCAUUAGCAGCGGCUACAGGGAAUUUGACUUUGGAUGAUAAGGUUGACUGGAAAAGAGGGAUGUUGGACUGGUCUCCUCCUAGUGGCGGUGGUGCUACAGAACGAUCUAAUACAGAAACAGCUAGUAAUCUGGAAAAAGAAGAAAAUUCUGAAAAAGCUGCUCCAACCAAGAAUCAAGCAAACAAUGGGACUCCUUCACCGAAAGUCGAUGACGGUCCACAAGAAUUUGUUCCUGGCAAAAAGUGGGAGUGGAGGGACCCGAACAAGACUUCAUUUAUGGGUUGGAAUGGUGUUCCUUAUAAUUGCGAAAUGUAUAGCCGUAAUCGCCCUCCGUCAAAUGCAGGGCAGGCUUUUAUUCAACGUGUACCUGGCGGACACGCCCAACCAGCGGGUUUUCCAAGAUCUAUGUCGAGCCCUGGUCAACAGCAUUCCCAAAAUUCUAGAUGGAUUUUGAUACAAAACCAUGGCCAGACAUGUAAUUUUAUUGUUUAUACUUUAAUCACGGAUGAAAAUGGGCUCUUUCAGAAUGACCAACAAAUACAAAUGUUGGCUCAAAAGGCCGGAAAAAUUGCGCAGUGCACUUGUCCUGCUCCAGGUGGUGGUUUUUGGGGUCUAAAGUUUGUGGAGCCGGCCGAAACUGUUGUAGAACGGAUCAAAGCUGAAGCGCCAUUUUUGCAACCAAAAAUAGUGUCAGACGUCGAACUAGAGAGAAUUUUAAAAUUACGCGGGCAAAUGCCAAUAAAUACUAAUCAAGCUGGGUGGGGCCCAGUACCAGGUGCGGGUGCUGACGGAAGUGCAUCUUGGGGUUUUCCAGCUGCUGUCAUAUCUGGAGAUUUAGUGCAACAACAUAUCUUUCCGAACGAUGAUCUCACUCGUCCGUACUAA